UUAUUUAAAACAUGUGUAUUUUUAAUCAUUAAUGCUGCUAAAGGUAUAGAUUUACCUUUGUCUCUAGCUUUUUCCGAUAUUAUUGAAAGAAUGGAAGUAUUUUUUAUCUUAUACAUAGAAUAUGAAUCAAAACCUAAAUUAUUUUCUAAAAAUUCUUUUAUUUUUACUAAUAAAGGAAGUUGUGUUUUGGAUAAUCUAAUAGAAAGAACAGGUUUAAAAGUGGCUCUUUCUAUACUAAAUGAACCAUCACCCUCUAUAAAACCUAGUAAUCAACUUUUUGUAAUUAAGACAUGGUUUUCUGGCAUAUUAAAAUUAAUACGCUUAGUAUUCAUGUUAUUUUUUAAUUCCAAUAACUUAGAUAUUAAUUCAUCUGUCAACUUUUCUCUUUUUUGA